AUGUCCCUGCUGACUCCCCUGCUGACUCCCCUGAUGUCCCUGCUGACUCCCCUGCUGACUCCUCUGAUGUCCCUGCUGACUCCCCUGAUGUCCCUGCUGACUCCCCUGCUGACUCACCUGCUGACUCACCUGAUGUCCCUGCUGACUCCUCUGAUGUCCCUGCUGACUCCCCUGAUGUCCCUGCUGACUCACCUGAUGUCCCUGCUGACUCCUCUGAUGUCCCUGCUGACUCCCCUGCUGACUCCCCUGAUGUCCCUGCUGACUCACCUGAUGUCCUGCUGA